GUUCAGUUUAAGGGUGCAACCCAAAGUUUGAGAAUUGAAUUCGUUCAGAUUUGAAAAUGUGGGUUAAGGUUGUUCUUCUUCUCCUUGCAGCACUUUCUCUUUUUCACUUAGCCGCAGCUUCUCUUAAUCGUAGCAGUUUUUCAGCAGAUUUCUUCUUUGGAACAGCUUCUUCAGCUUACCAGUAUGAAGGUGCAGCACGUGAAGGUGGCAAGGGACCUAGUAUAUGGGACACCUUCACUCAUAGCCACCCAGAUAGAAUAGCAGACCACAGUAAUGGGGAUGUUGCCAUUGAUUCAUACCACCGCUACAAGGAAGAUGUGGCCAUGAUGAAGGAUAUUGGAUUCAAUGCCUACAGGUUCUCCAUCUCUUGGCCAAGGAUACUACCUCGUGGAAACCUGCAGGGAGGAGUUAACCAAGAAGGCAUCACAUAUUACAACAAUCUCAUAAAUGAACUGAUAGCAAAUGGACAGCAGCCCUUUAUAACUCUAUUUCACUCUGAUUUCCCUCAAGCUCUUGAAGACGAAUAUGGUGGUUUUCUUAGUCCCAAAAUUGAGCAAGAUUUUGCAAAUUAUGCAGAAGUAUGCUUCAGGGAAUUUGGUGACAGGGUUAAGCACUGGAUUACAUUAAACGAGCCAGUGCUAUAUAGCAAUGGAGGUUAUGGAAGUGGUGGAUCCCCACCCAAUAGAUGCUCCAAGUGGUUUGCUAACUGCACUGCUGGUGAUUCUACUACCGAGCCCUAUUUAGUUACACACCACCUCAUUCUUGCUCAUGCUGCAGCAGUAAAGGUCUACAGGGAGAAGUUCCAGGCUUCUCAGAAGGGUCAAAUUGGGGUAACACUGAAUUCUGCUUGGGUUGUGCCACUUUCUCAAUCAAAAGAGGACAGAGAAGCUGCAUAUCGAGGUCUUGCCUUUAUGUAUGACUGGUUCAUGGAACCACUUUACUCUGGAACAUAUCCUGCUGUAAUGGUUAACAGAGUUGGAGGUCGUUUGCCAAAGUUUACCAAAAGGGAAUACUUGAUGGUUAAAGGGUCCUAUGAUUUCAUAGGGUUAAACUAUUACACUUCAACUUAUGCAACUAGUUCUCCUUGCCCACGUGAAAGGCCAACUGCCUUUACAGACGCCUGCGUUAGAUUUACUACUGUAAGAAAUGGGCUUCUCAUUGGUCCAAAGGCAGCCUCAGACUGGCUCUACGUCUAUCCACCAGGAAUUCAAGGUCUACUAGAAUACACUAAGGAGAAAUUUAACAACCCAAUUAUCUACAUAACAGAAAAUGGAAUUGAUGAGGUUAAUGAUGGGAAAAUGUUACUUAAUGACAGAACGAGGAUUGAUUAUAUCAGUCACCAUCUUUUGUAUCUUCAAAGGGCCAUAAGGAAUGGAGUGAGGGUGAAAGGAUACUUUGCAUGGUCAUUGUUGGACAAUUUUGAAUGGAAUGCAGGGUACAGUCUUCGGUUUGGGCUCGUGUAUGUGGAUUACAAGAAUGGACUGAAAAGAUACCGCAAAAGAUCAGCUUUGUGGUUCAAAAUAUUUCUUCACCAAUGAAAUGAUCCUUGGUAGUGAAAGACAGAAUUGAUGGGGGAAGAAAUAAGAAUAUGUUGUUUCUUUCUUAAUCCUAGUCAUUUUCUUUUGGCCAUUGUAAGAUCUAAGCAGAGCUACUUUGAUGAUUUCUGACAGCCUGCCAAUAGUGAGGCUUCAUGGUUAUCUGUAUAACUUACUUCCAUUAAUAAGUUUCUGUAUUUGGUUUUCCUGUCCCUACCCCAACACUCAUAUAAGGACAACCAAGAGCUCUCUAGGGCCUCCGACAUGUUUUAAUUAGGUUUAAAUAUAUUUUUAGUCUCUAAAGUAUUA